AACUACAGUUUUUGAAUUAAUGUAACGGCUAAGUUUUCAAACAAUUACUCGUUCACUGACGAAUAUAUUUUGUGUGGCAAGAUGAGCGACGAGGGGCGACCCCCAACGUUCGUGUCGAAUGUGCAGCUGAAUGUAGACCCCAGCGAGCAGCCGAGGCAGGAUCCCGGCUGUCCGCCUCCAUUAGAUUCCCGCGGCACCGAAUCCGAGGAAGUGCCAUCGGAAGAAUGCAUCGUUGAGCUGGAGAAUGUCACGGUUAAGUUUCGAAUUUCAGAGGCGGACAUAGUGGCUCAGGUGUAUCCGAACUGCAUGACUCUCUCAGAGAUCAAGCAGGACAUGGGCCGCAAAUUUGAAGUGGAUCCCUCGCUGUUAGUGCUGCGCCAGGAUGGUCGGAUUCCAUGCGACACUCUGCCACUGAAUUCCACGGCCUUGGAUGAGUUCGGUAUCCACGAAUUUCAGCUGCAGCUAAGGCCUGACCAGAAAGGCGGCAGUGACUCCUCCAUGGCCAAAUUGGAUUUGGAAGUUUACUACGACAAACACCGUCUGGCGGACUUCAUCACCGUCCACAUUUCCGGUGACGACACCCAGGAUGGCCAAGCCAAGUCCGUGGUGGUGGAAAUUGAAAAUGCGGCUAUUGUGAAGCCCUUUUUGUGCGGCUACAGGGACAAAAUCAGUGGAAAGGAGUACCUGGAUGCCUUCACCCAAACCGGUCCCUACUUCGACAAGAUGAAGUUCAGGAAAUACAAAUCCAGGGACACGCAGACCUGGGAGCAUAAGGAAAAGACGCUUAAUACUGCCCAUGAGCAAUCUGUGCAAUGCUUCCUAGAUGGUAUCAAUGUCCUCUAUGUGUCCGCAGCCAACGACUUUACCAUAGUCCCGGGCAAGUACCAGACUUUCGCCCAGAAGGAACGGGCCGAGCGAAAGCUGGAGAAGAUUCUACUAAUCCAGCGCAAUUGGCGGCGCUGGAUCCUUUGGAAAUACAUCCGAUUGAGGGCCAAGGAAUAUCGGCUCCUGGUCAGUAAUCGUGAGGAUGAGGACAAGAGGUACGAAAAAUGCGUGGAGGAGCGAGUGGAACGAAAUGCGGUUCUGAAACAGUUCCCCAAAACCAAGGACGACUUUGAUCUUCUUUUCGCCGAAGUGGGCCGCUGGAAGAAGGCCGAACUAAAAAGAAUAACGGCCAACUAUGAAGGUCCUGCCCGCAUUGCCGAGGUGACCAUCCUGCUGGACAAAGAGAUCCAACUUUUAAAUGGAGUGGAGCGCCAGCGGGACCUUGUCUUCAAGGCCAUGGAGGACUUCCGUCUCGAACAGCUGCUCAAGGAGAUGGGUAAGCCCAUUGAAUGGAUCGGCUACAAGGAUUGCAAGAUUCACAUGGAUCUGCUGAGUACACAACGAGUGCGUUUCCUUACCGAGAUCUACAAGGAUCUGAAGAAGCCGUUAAAAAAGGAAGAGCGGCUUGAGCUCCUCCGACAAGUCAUGGCGGUGAUACAAGAAGAAGCUUGUUAUCCAAACUUUCCCGAACUUUUCGAUCUUUUCGAUCGUGAGAAGAACCUGUUACUCUACACGACGUCCUCUGAUGUGGAAAUUUUGCGCAAGCGUCAGGCAAUUCUAUUCUUUGACCUGAUCAAGUUCACCAAGGGCCCGCCAAAGAAUCGAACUCCCUCACGCAUGUGCAUCGUUUGCAAAAAGGUGAAGGCCUUUGGGGAGUUUGCCAUUCGCACCCGUCAGAGUCAUGUGGACACCUGCAAGCACUGCUAUUACCUAAAGCUUACGGCCACGGAGAACACGGUGUACCAAUCCAUUCUGAGAUGUAUCCAUCGCGAUGAGCGCAAGCGCAAGUGCACCACAUCCUUUGCUUUCGUGAUGCAAUCAGACGAUGUGCGUCACAUCAUCGACAAAAUCUGGCAUGGACACUCGGCACUCAGCAAGUCUGAGAAUCUUAGUGAACUAAGAUUGCCACGCUGGAACAAGAGCGAUGACUGGGCACCCUGGAACUGCAUUUGCCUCACGGAGCGGGAGACUAGGGAUCACUACAAGAUCGACGAUAUCGAAAAGGUGUACGAUCCAAAGUUUGUACUUCACGUCAGCAAUCUGCACAUGCUCGCGCGCAGCCUGUUCCACACUUUAGCUGCCGUGGCCGUUGAAUUCCAGGAGACCGGGCAGUGGUGGCAGGUCGGAAUGAACCAGCAACGCAGCAGCAAACUAGACGCCGUAUAAACCAUAAUACAUACUUCCCAAAUAGUCAUAUAAAACAACUCAUUUUGGUUUAGCAUGUAAUAAUUCAGCGCCUAAGUUUACAUUUACAAAAUUUAAACAAUUCCAAUCUUGAUCAAACAUUACAAGGAAAAUUAUAAAAGCUACAACUUCAA